AUGGCUAUCGGUGAUUAUCCUGCGGAAUAUAAUCCGAAGGUGCAUGGACCUUACGAUCCGGCACGCUUUUACGGAAAACCCGAUACUCCCUUCGGUCAGGUGAAACUUAGCGAACUUGGCUCAUGGUUUGGCCGGCGCGAUAAAAACCCGCGCGCCUUAGCUGGAGUUUUCAGUCGCACCUUUUGGAGAUGGCAGCACAAGUAUGUGCAGCCUAAACGAACUGGUAUCGCUCCAUUCUUCCAAGUUAUCGUCGGUGGAAUGGUGUUUUUCUACACUAUUAACUACGGUAAGCUGAAGCAUCACCGUAACUACAAAUACCAUUAA